AGGAUUUAGGGGUCAAUUUGGAAAUAGAAAUUGAAUGUAGUUCAGUGGCUGACAGGUGUCCUUAAUUAGCCAACGACAUUAGAAGGGUCUGGGAUUCCUUUAAAAGGAGCAACCAAACAUCUGGCAAAUAUAGUAAAAGGGAUAUUCUGGUAGGACAUAUGCCUACCAUUAGUUCUGAAUACUGGUGAGGUUUUGAGGGCAAAAUGGCCGUGAUGAUUGGAAUCGCUUUCAGCAUUUCUUGGCUUUGUUGCCUGCUAAUUGGAGGGAUAACGUGUUCUACAUCAGAAGGUGAUUGGUCUCCUGCACUGGAUUCUAAUGCAGCAUGGCUCUAUGCAGGAUCACUUCGGUCUCUAGGAUAUGGCAAUUAUAAAUCUCAAAUGCAAGCGCAACAGAAACAUCCGGCCGCCAUCCUGCGGAAGGAACUGGCCCCCAUGUCCCAGCAACCUCAGCAAGUGUGGUAUCCAGUUCAAUUGCCCCUGCAUCAGAAGCAACUGGCCGCAGAAACUCAGCAGCAGAGGCAACCGACAACUGUGCCCCAGCAAGUGUGGCAUCAAGCUCACAUGCUGACACAACCACCGACCGCCGUGCCCCAGCAAGUGUGGCAUCAAGCUCACAUGCUGACGCAUAAGCAACCGACCGCCGUGCCCAAGCAAGUGUGGCAUCAAGCUCACAUGCUGACGCAUAAGCAACCGACCGCCGUGCCCCAGCAAGUGUGGCAUCCUGCUCAAAAGCCCCUGCAGCAGAAGCAACUGGCCGCAGAAGCUCUGCAGCAGAGGCAACCGACCGCCGUGCCCCAGCAAGUGUGGCAUCAAGCUCACAUGCUGACGCAUAAGCAACCGACCACUGUGCCCCAGCAAGUGUGGCAUCCUCCUCAAAUGCUCCUGCAGCAGAAGCAACCGACCGCCGUGCCCCAGCAAGUAUGGCAUCCUUCUCAAAUGCCCCUGCAAACAACCGCUGUGGCCCCAGCAAGUGUGGCAUCCUCCUCAAAUGCCCCUGCAGCAUAAUCAACCGACCGCUGUGCCCCAGCAAGUGUGGCAUCCUGCUCAAAAGCCCCUGCAGCAGAAGCAACCGACCGCCGUGCCCCAGCAAGUAUGGCAUCCUUCUCAAAUGCCACUGCAAACAACCGCUGUGCCCCAGCAAGUGUGGCAUCCAGCUCAAAUGCAGCAGAAGCAACCGAUCGGCGUGCCCCAGCAAGUGUGGCUUCCUCCUCAAAUGCCCUUGCAGCAGAAGCAACCGAGCGCCGUGCCCCAGCAAGUGUGGCAUCCUCCUCAAAUGCCCCUGCAGCAGAAGCAACCGACCGCCGUGCCCCAGCAAGUGUGGCUUCCUCCUCAAAUGCCCUUGCAGCAGAAGCAACCGAGCGCCGUGCCCCAGCAAGUGUGGCUUCCUCCUCAAUUGCCCCUGCAGCAGAAGCAGCCGACCGCCGUGCCCCAGCAAGUGUGGCUUCCUCCUCAAUUGCCCCUGCAGCAGAAGCAACCGACCGCCGUGCCCCAGCAAGUGUGGCAUCCAGCUCAAAUGCAGCAGAAGCAACAGACCAACGUGCCCCAGCAAGUGUGGCAUCCAGCUCAAAUGCAGCAGAAGCAACCGACUGCCUUGCGCCAGCAAGUGUGGCAUCCUCCUCAAAUGGCCCUGCAGCAGAAGCAACUGACCACCGUGCCCCAGCAAGUGUGGCAUCCAGCUCAAAUGCAGCAGAAGCAACCGACUGCCGUGCCCCAGCAAGUGUGGCAUCCUCCUCAAAUGCCCCUGCAGCAUAAUCAACCGACCGCCGUGCCCCAGCAAGUGUGGCUUCCUCCUCAAAUGCCCCUGCAGCAGAAGCAACCGACCGCCGUGCCCCAGCAAGUGUGGCAUCCAGCUCAAAUGCAGCAGAAGCAACCGACUGCCGUGCCCCAGCAAGUGUGGCAUCCUUCUCAAAUGCCCCUGCAGCAGAAGCAACUGACCACCGUGCCCCAGCAAGUGUGGCAUCCAGCUCAAAUGCAGCAGAAGCAACCGACCGUCGUGCCCCAGCAAGUGUGGCAUCCUCGUCAAAUGCCCCUGAGGCAGAAGCAAACGACCGACGUGCCCCAGCAAGUGUGGCAUCCUGCUCAGUUUCCCCAGCAGAAGCAACUGGCCCCUAUGCCUCUACUGCAGAAGGAACCAACCACCAUAACCCAGCAGGUGUGGCAUCCAGCUCAAAUGUCCAAGAAUCGAACAGCCACUGAACCUCAGCAGAAGCCACCAUCCACCACGCCAGCUCAAAUUCCCCUGCAGCAGAAGCAACCGGCCACUGAACCUCAACAGAAGGAGCUGACCGCCAUGCCACAGAAGCUACAGGCCUCCAUUCUCCAGCAGCCUCCGCUCGUGUGGCAUCCAUCUCAAUUUCCCCAGCAGAAGGAACUGGCAGUCGAGCCCCAGCAGCAGAAGGAACUGGCAGUCGAGCCCCAGCAGCAGAAGGAACUGGCAGUCGAGCCCCAGCAGCAGAAGGAACUGGCAGUCGAGCCCCAGCAGCAGAAGGAACUGGCAGUCGAGCCCCAGCAGCAGAAGGAACUGGCAGUCGAGCCCCAGCAGCAGAAGGAACUGGCAGUCGAGCCUCAGCAAGUGAGGUAUCCAGCUCAAAUGGCCCAGCAGCUACCCAACCCCAUUCCUCAGCAAUUAUGGCAUGUAGGCCAAAUAUCCCAGCAGCAACUGGCCCCAUUGUCUCAGCAGAAGCACUACAAAAGAACUGAAGAUGAUGCCUCUGGUAGUUCUCAGGCCAGCAUUGAACAGUCAGGUGUCAUCCCAAUCUCUUCCUACAGUUCCAAAUCGCACUACAAGAAUGGCAGAACUAUCUUUUCACAAAUCAGCUACACUCCUAGGGAGGCAAUGCCUGUUGACAGUGGAAAUGCUCCCAAGGACGGUUAUGUUGGCAUUGGUGCACCAAGCAUAUAUCCAACACUAGUGAAGGAUUCUGCAAGGGAAAUAUAAUGGAUUCAUCCUCUAGAAGCUCUAAUGACCAGGAAGUUGCUGGUGCUCUUGCUACUCUAGUGUGAUGGAAUCAAUAAACAACUUACUUUAAAAAAUG